AGGAAUCAAAGUGCGCGACUUCGCGCAUGAACCAAUGCCACCCACCUCGUGUGCGCCUGAAUUGUUUGAUCCUUUAAUGGGAUGGCAUACAUACGAGCAAACGCUCGCAAAUCCGGCUUCGGAUCGUCAAGCCUUCAGUGGCAAGUCUCUAUGGCGCUUGCUGCAAAUGGGAUGGUUAUGUCGAGAGGAUGAGGCAAAGCGAUGGAAAGAAAAAGAUAGGAAGGCACUGAAGGAACAUGAGAGUCGGUCUAUAUAUCCGUGGAAGGCUUUAAAGUUGCCACAACCUAAGAAGGAAGACUUGAUCGAAGUCGCACGCAAACGCUUUCUGGAUCUCAAUUCAGCGCAUCUGCCUGAAUCCAUCAAAGUGACAUCAACUAAAGCACCUAGACCUGUUUCUCCUUCCGCUCAAGAUAAAAAGCGCGCUGCAGAGGAUGACCCCCCAGCUCCAGCACAAGCUGGCGGUGGUACUUCCCCCCAGCUUAAAAAACGGAAAAUGUCCACCGCCACACCAAAUGCGACGCCUAUCUACCCUCCUACUUUCGUCAACGGGAGACCACCAAAGCAAUUUCCAGCCGGCAAUCCGAGCGAUCCAACGCCAUCUCCUCGCCAUUCCACUCCUGCAGCUCGCUCUCAGACGAAUAGUGGCACAUCAUUACAUUUUAAAGCUUCGGGAGUGUUUACUCGCCGAUCCGGUUCACCAUCCAAGGUGAAUAACGUCAAUCCAGCAACUCCCACCGACUUCGCUUCCCAAGCUCGAUCCCCAUGUGAUCUUGCUGUUAACUCGGCGCCCUCAUAACAUCCAAGCUAAACCCAGAACUGUGAUUCGGUUCUUACGCUACCUCGACGACGCCAAUCGAACAGCCAUGACUGGCAUGAUACUAUCUCUAUCUUGUACAAUAUUUGGGGUGAAUCAUAUGGACCUGUGAAACUUGCUACCAAGUAAAUGUACGAUUCUGUAGUUUUAAUCCUUCUACACGACUCAAUUUAGCGAAAUUCCCUU